CUCCUCUCUCCUUCCUGCUGCAACACAUCGAUCUCAAAUUCUUCGCCAAGGUAUAUGAGAAGGGUGGAUUACAUGGCCUUUUUCUAUAUGGUUGUCACUUUUCUGAUGCACAUGCACUCUUGAACCGGAGUACAUGAAGAUCUAUGCUAACUUUCUGUUAAAGAACUGUCCGCGCGCCUACAACAAGAAAAAAAAACACUCAAGAAGUGGUUUUUUAUUGACAAGACCGUGGGUUAAAUCUAGUUGAAGAAGGCCUAUUCCACCUCAUUUUGGCAGUGGAUAUGGAUACGAGCAACUGCUUGCCUCUCAUGAGUAAAAGCCAGUCAGUGUUGGCAUUACCUUCAAAUCUGAUGCCAUGUUUGUUUACAUCCAAGAAGCAUCCAUGUUCUGCGUUGAGUGUGACAUACAUCAGUAAGCGUGAACUUGUUGAAGUCGUUGAUGGACUUCUCGGUGCAAUGACGACAUCAUCGAACCGUGAAAAUGCAAAGAUGGACUCAGGUUCUUCUGAUGAAGAUUCUACGGACAACUCUCGGGCAUCGAUUUGCCCUUCUGCGAUAUGUUCCUUUGACCAAAUUGUAGCUAGUGCGCAAAACAAGAAGAUUGUGUUGUUCUUGGACUAUGAUGGCACACUUUCUCCAAUUGUGAAUGAUCCAGAGAAGGCAUUCAUGUCCCCUGAGAUGCGUGCUACCGUGAAAAAUGUUGCAAAGCACUUCCCUACAGCAAUAGUUAGCGGGAGAUCCCGUGAUAAGGUGUUUGAUUUUGUCAAGCUGACUGAGAUCUACUACGCUGGAAGUCAUGGUAUGGACAUCCUAGCAUCUACUGCAGAUUCAGACAGUACAACAAAAGAGACCAGAGAAGCCAAACUUUUUCAACCUGCAAGUGAGUUCUUGACUAUGAUAACUGAGGUUUCCAAAUCUCUGAUAGAGGUCACUAAAGCAAUUAAGGGUGCAACGGUUGAGAACAACAAAUUUUGUGUGUCUGUGCAUUAUCGCAAUGUCGACAAGAAGAACUGGAAGUUGGUCGCACAGGUUGUCAACAAUGUUCUACAAGAUUUUCCUAGCCUGAAAGUAUCAAGUGGACGGAAGGUUUUAGAGGUUCGUCCAACGAUCAACUGGGACAAGGGAAAGGCGGUCGAGUUUUUGCUUCAUUCACUCGGGUUUGAUGAUUCUGAAAAUGUUCUUCCUAUCUAUAUUGGGGAUGAUAAAACAGACGAAGAUGCAUUCAAGGUGCUCCGUGAGCGAAAGAAUGGAUGUGGGAUUCUUGUCUCACAUGUGCCAAAGAAGACUGAAGCCUUUUUCAGGCUGAAAGACCCAUCAGAAGUGAUGGAAUUUCUCAGUUCCUUGGUGAGACUGAAGGAGCAAUCAACUUCUGAAGAUUGACAGCUCCACCAAUCAGUUUUAGUUGGAUGACUGACGUUAGCUAUUUAGCAUUCCCGGGGCGAUGAUUUUUACAGCGGCCUGACGUGGAUAUGGGUAGUUUAGCUCCCAUAGUUGCA